AUGGCGAAGCAGAAAUCUAUUGCCCUCAUCUACGGUGACUGGGAUGAGUCCUACAACGACCUGCCUAGGCUUUUCUGGACUUUCCCGCCGUGCAUCGAGGCAUUCCGUCAUUGCAAGCCGCUCGUGAUCAUUGACGGCACACAUCUGUAUGGGAAGUAUGGGGAGACGUUGCUCAUCGCGAUUGCAAAGGACGGGAACUCCAACAUUCUACCUGUCGCAUUCGCACUAGUAGAGGGUGAGAAUGCGGAAUCCUGGACAUUCUUUCUCUCGCACCUUCGACAGCACGUGACCCCGCAGCCCGGUCUGCUGGUUAUAUCGGACAGGCACAACGGCAUCAAGGCUGCGCUUGAGGCCCCUGACGGCGGUUGGUUACCGCCAUCUGCGUACCGUGCAUUCUGCAUACGACACGUAGCGGCUAAUUUUGCCCUAACCUUCAAGGGCAAAGACGCUAGGAGGCUACUAGUGAACGCGGCGUAUUCGAAGACUGAGGUUGAAUUUGAUUACUGGUUUGAUAUCCUGCGAUCUGAAGAUCCGGCGAUGUGUGAGUGGGCGAACCGGAUUGAUUACUCGUUGUGGACUCAGCAUCGUGAUGAGGGGCGGAGAUUCGGUCACAUGACGACGAACAUCUCCGAGUGUGUGAACUCUAUCCUGAAGGGGGUCAGAAAUCUCCCUGUAGCAUCCCUGGUGAAGGCAACAUAUGGUAGGCUUGCGGAACUCUUUGUUCGCAAGGGAAGAGAGGCUGAGGCCCAGAUGGGAACAGGACAACAAUUCAGUCAGCAUUUGGUGAAGUGUAUUGAGGCCAACAUGAAGACGGCCAGGUGCUUUAUGAUGACGCUGUAUGACCGGGAUAACUCCGAGUUCACUGUAGCAGAGACCACUCCGACUGGUUCUUUCUCCUUGGGUACUUACAGAGUAUCACUUGCCUCUCGGACAUGUGACUGCGGGUACUUCCAGGCUCUUCAUUUCCCGUGUCAGCACGCACUUGCAUGCUGUGCAUACUCACGGGUCACCUGGACCUCUUACGUUCACAGCGUCUAUCAGAUUAGCUCGGUGUUCAGUGUGUAUCGGAUGGGAUUCACACCUCCAAUCCCGGAGGGCUUCUGGCCACCUUACGACGAGCCCACGGUGAUUCCAGACCCUGACAAGAGGCGUGCCAGAGAGGGUCGUCCUAGAUCCACUAGGAUACGGACGAAUAUGGACGAGGCAGAUCCGAAUCGGCCAAAGAGGUGCGGCCUAUGUCGCCAACCCGGACACACACAAUGUAGUUGCCCACAGGUUGGAGGAUCGUCUCAGACAGGACACCAUUAG